CUGCCCACACGGUGUCGCUGUAAGGACAGCUAUGCGCUUUCAGCGUGUCGUCAACAUCCGGCGACACGUCGUCCCAACACACCGCCAGUUUCGGCCGAAAACAUCCCUCAUUCGCGUAUGAAUUUAAGCGGUGAACCGGCGCCGGGGCUCCAAAUGGGGGAGGCGAGGAAGCUGCAGAAGAAGCUGAGGCAGAUUGAAAAUCUGGAAAUAAAGAUCAGCCUCACCCCAGAGGAGACGUUCAAGAUUUCCAGGAAGGCGGAGCUGCGCUCCAGAUUGGCUGAGAUUCAGCUGCAGCUUUCUGGCCCGCAGCGAACUCCUGGGAUUGUGGGAGACGGGAAAAAGGAGAAGAUGAAAAGACAAGUGGAGGAUUCCCCGGAGGCCCUUCCAUCACAGACACCUCCAGCCUCCAAGAUCCUAAAGGAAGAAAACCAGUCCAAAGCCCGGCAGAGGGAGGCAGGAGGGGGGGACACCGUGGGACCGCAGGGGGGGACAGACGGGUCGCAUCCCAGCCCAGACAUCCCAGCAGACCGUCCAGGCUCUGACACAGAGCAGCAACUGCACCAGAAAGAAGCUGAGUUUACAUCCCUCAAAGCGUCUUGGGAGAAGGCUCGGUUUCGCCUGAGGCUGCUGGAGGGUCACAACGACAUAGUCACCAGCGUGGUUGCUGUUGACAACCUGGUGGUCUCUGGAAGCCGGGACACCACGGUGAAGGUGUGGCACGUUCCCACGGCGACGGAGCUGAAGAACCUGGGGGGUCACACGGGCGGAGUCACCUGUCUGUCUGCGCCUCCCCCUGAGUACUGCAGGAGGCUGGGUGAGGACUCGCACGCACACACACAGGCCGAGCGAGCGGUGCCGCUGGCCCGGGGCCUGGUAAUUAUAGGAGCAGUUCAUCAGAUCAGCCCCCCCUGGACCCUGUCUAUAUCCGACAAAGAGAGGUUUAUUUUGAGCAGCUCUGCAGACGGUUACGUGAAGAUCUGGGCCCUGAGCAUUGACGGGGGGAAGGUUCAGACCUGGAGCUGGCGCACUUUCCAGAACUGCCAGUCAGUCAACGCUCACCAGGAGGCGGUGACCUCCAUCCAGUCUCAGGGUCCGCUGGUGUUCAGCGGCUCGGCUGAGGGAGGGGUGUCGGUGUGGGAAAACCACUGUUCCGAUCGAGACCCCCUGAGGCUGCUGCACCACUGGAGCGGCCAGGUGACCGGUCUGGGCGGGGCGCCGGGCGGGCGGCUGACCCUCAGCCCCCGUGGAGACCGAGUGUUCCUGGCUUACGGUCGGGCUUGGCUCAAGAUCCUCCACUGGAGGACAGGAAUGAUGUCCAGGCUGACCAAUCACGGCAGCAUCACCGGGGUAACAGAUUGUGUUCACCAGACAGGAGGGCUCUUAAUUGGUUCCAGCUAUGACCUGGCGAACGGAGAGAGCGCGCUUAAUUUGUUCUCCCUGCCUCAGUGUCAGUAUCUGGUCUCCAUAAGUUGGCCAAAUGCUCCCAGAAUUCUUUGCUUUGCUUCUUGGACCACCGGCAGUGGAGACCACCGAUGGGUCACCGGAGGUCGAGAGCUCAUCGUGUGGGAGCAGCUCUCCAGUUCUGGCAAGCAGAGGGGUGACGUCACAGUGAGGAGAGACAGUCGAAUGGACUCGGGCUUGCUGGAGUCGGAGGGGGACUCGGAGGAUGACGAGGAAACGGAUGGUACAAUUACGAGGAUGAUGCUGACGAUAAAGGAGACGACAGCCGGCCUGGCGGUGGCGGGGACGCGGGGACUGGUUGGUGGCCGCGCUGCGUCCUCCAGUGAGCGGCGGGCGGCCCCUCCUGCCGGGGACACCGCGGCCCGCAGCCACCGGGAGGAAAUGAGAGGAGAUGAUCGGAGAAGAAGGGUCUCAGUGAACAGAGCGAAGCGAUGGAGAGAUGGUAAGAAGGAGAGUUUCUUCAUCUCUCCUGUCGCACGACUCGCAGCUAUCCUCUCCCUCCUCCUGGUCGGUCCGUUGACACAGCCCUCCACCUGUAACCGCGAUGACGGGGAGGGCAAGGAGCAGGCGGACACCCUGUCCGUCCAGCUGUCCGUCACGGCCCAGGUCACACCCACCCCUCUGUGGGCGGUGGUGUGGGGUCCCACGCAGCCACUGGAGGAUGAGACCUACCACUUCCUCCCCAGCCAAGAAACUGACCACCUGCACAUGCACGGAAACCAGCAGGAGGCGAGCUCCGCCACGCCCGAGGACUGGCUUUACCCUGACCCCAGCGUCCAUCCGCGAGAAAACACACCGCUGGAGUCCAGGGACCGGGAGGGACUGGAGGACGGAGGGAUGGAGGCGGAGGAAACGGAGCCCGAGGAAGUGGACCCUCAGUUCUACGUCACCGUGACCAUCUCCUCGCUGCUCAUCCUCACAGCAGUCAUCAUCACAGCAAAACUUUGUUACGAUCGCAGCUGUUCCCAGCAUCCACCCCCGCUUUCCCGUGGCGUGGCCCCCCCCCUCUCCCUUGCACUCCCUCGUUCCCUUGCUUCGGAGGAUAGCAGGCAGACGCUGCACAGCACCUCCUCCUCCUUCACCGACAGGGAGAGGAUCCCAGUUGUGAACCUGUGAGGUGGCUGCUCCUCCAUAUGUUAAACAUUUCUUCGGGGCGUGAGGAGACACAUCAACAGGACCAGAAGGGGUGCCUGCAGUGCUGUUUUAUUUUCUCUCAAGCUGUGAAACAAGUUCAGGGAUCCCAGGUAUCCAGCCAUCGCAAAGAUCCUCGGCUUCCCUGAGGUCUGAGAAAAGAAACAACCCGAACCCAUCGCUCAGCUGCUCGCUCCCUCCUUCCUUCCUUGUGCUCGGUGGAAAUCUCUAUCAUGUGCAUCACUGUGACUUGUUCCCUGUUUUCAGUCAUAUUUGUAGCCCCGAGCUCUGCCAAGCAGCCCAGCGGCUCUGUGCUUCAGCCCACCAUGACUAAUUCACAAACAAGCAGUUAAACAGCCAUGCAACAUCCCAUUACCCCUGAGGUGCCCUACCUGUGCUUCCACAACCUAUGACUCAGCUGCUCCGCAUCAAGGCUAAUCCAGCUGACUAUUUUUUUUUUUAUAGUACAUCACUAAAAAUCAAUUUGGGUUUAUUUGGGGUUUUGCAAGCUCGUAAACGGUUAAAAAGCCGAGCUCGGCAUCACCAAACCCUAAACGGGGUGUUUCACAAAGCUGUUUAUCACAGCUGUAGCCAACAGGCAAUGUGUUUACCAUGUCACGCUCCAAAAACUGCUGUUUAUUCUCUGCUUUGGGCGCCCGGAAUGCAAAUAGCGUGGCUCUUUCCCUCUACAGAUGUAAAGGAGUCGGUUUUGUUUCAGUUUUUCCUCAUGAUUUGUUCGCUUAAUUAUCUGGCUGACGUUCAUGUUUUCGUCAAAUCUUUUUUGAGCACGCUUUGUUCCUGCUGGACUUUGUAGAGGUGUGAUAAACGUAGAGUACUUCUUCUGGUGGAGAUAAGAUACCCAGAACAGAGCACCCAUUGGGUUGAAAAUCCAUUUUUCCCAAAGGUUUGGAUCAUACAAAAGACAGAUUCAUGUUGUCAUGGAAAUGAGUAUUGGUGAACUCCAGAUGCGAUCAAGGGACUGAUUGCUGCUGCAUUCUUUUUUCUUUUUUUUCUUUUUUUUUUUACUUCUGAACCUGUUAGCUUUGUGCCUCAGUCUGGAAGAAACCACCAUCCUUUCCCUUUGUAUCAUUAUCAGCUGUCUCGGUGCACCAAAGGAAAGUAGAGCAUAGAGAAGCAUCAGAUCAGCACCCCCAUGAAUCGGCAUGUAUACAGUAAGAAAUCCUCUGAGAGUUGCUUCAAAUCAAAUAUUUAUAAAAUAUCUAUUUUAUCUAUCCGUAAGUGGUGUCUUACAGAACCUUUUAAAGCCAAACAUCAGUUUGUUUUCAGUAACUUUUCUAAGCAGCUUUGAGGUAUGGACCCCCCCCCCCCUCAUUUCCACCCAUUUCCACUACAGACAUUGUGCUGGUGGCGACAUGGUAGCUCGUGCAAUCCUCCAGAUAUCCAGUCUUGUGAUUUUUCGUAGCUUUCCUGUAGAAAUGUGGUCUUUCUGUACCAUGGAACUUCAAUAAAGACUCAACACUGGCGUUUUA